AUGGAUGCCUCAGUCUCAGCAACAAUAGAUGCUCUAGUCUUAGCAACAAUUGAUGUAUCAGUUACAGCAGCAAUGGAUGCCGCAGCCACAACAACUACAAAUAUUGUGACCUCACAUAUUGGCACAACCAUUGUUGCUAUUUUAGUCACCAAUAAACCCGCUAUUGGAUACAAAGCCCAAGAUUUGAUAGGCCAGAUAAUUGCUUUGCUACAAGAA